CGAAGAAGGAAAGAGACUGAAAACGUGGCCUUCAUCUAUUGGCCGAAACAAGUUGAAGCCUUCUCUCAUUGGUCAGUUUUGGCAAGAACACGUCGAAAGCGAAACAUGCUUCUCAUCCUCUACCACACACAGAGGAAAGAAAAGUGCCAGAGCUCACAGGGAAGACGACAGCUGAUCCCUCGCAGAGAGAGAGAGAUUGAGUUCAGAAGAGUUCGUUGUCAUUGAGGAAUAUAUUAUUUCCGUCGUGGAGAGCGAGGAGAUCCGAUUGAAAAACCUAGGUUCUCAGUAGGGAGAUCCAUUCUCUCUACUGAUCUCUGUGCCAAAGCUCUAUGGCGUAUCGAAUAUCAAAACUGUUGCUCCUAUUAUGUUUUUCAUCCUACGCUCUAAUUGCCAUUUCAGGGAAAAGUUAUUAUGAUAUUCUUCAGGUGCCGAAGGGUGCUUCAGACGAGCAGAUCAAAAGAGCAUAUCGGAAGCUCGCAUUGAAGUAUCAUCCCGAUAAGAACCAGGGGAAUGAAGAGGCUAAUAAGAAAUUCGCUGAGAUUAACAAUGCUUAUGAAGUCUUAUCGGAUAGUCAGAAGAGAAAUAUAUAUGAUAAGUAUGGUGAAGAGGGUCUUAAACAGCAUGCUGCCAGUGGUGGUGGAGGCGGGGGUAUGAACAUUCAAGACAUUUUUAGCUCGUUUUUUGGUGGGGGCCCAGUGGAAGAGGAAGAGAACAUCGUGAAAGGUAAUGAUGUAAUUGUGGAGUUGGAUGCAACACUGGAAGAUUUGUAUAUGGGGGGAUCAUUGAAGGUUUGGAGGGAGAAAAACAUUUUAAAACCAGCCCCUGGUAAGAGACGCUGCAAUUGUCGAAAUGAGGUCUACCACAAACAAAUCGGUCCAGGGAUGUUCCAGCAGAUGACAGAGCAGGUCUGUGAGCAGUGCCCAAAUGUGAAAUAUGAAAGGGAGGGGUAUUUUGUCACAGUGGACAUCGAGAAAGGGAUGCAAGAUGGGCAAGAGGUGGUCUUCUAUGAAGAUGGUGAGCCCAUAAUAGAUGGUGAAGCAGGAGAUCUUAGGUUUCGUAUUCACACUGCACCCCAUGAUCACUUCAGAAGGGAAGGCAAUGACCUGCACACAACUGUUACUAUAACUCUGGUGCAAGCUCUUGUUGGCUUUGAGAAGACCAUUAAACACCUUGAUGAUCAUCAAGUGAACAUUGGUUCAAAGGGAAUUACAAAGCCCAAGGAAGUGAGGAAGUUCAAAGGUGAAGGGAUGCCGCUACAUUUUAGCAACAAGAAGGGUGAUCUAUUUGUCACAUUUGAAGUUCUUUUUCCUUCCUCACUAACAGAGGAACAGAAGACAAAGAUCAAGGCAGUUCUUGGAUAGUGUAUAGACUCUUUUUAACAAUUUUUUUCAUGUUCCAAGGUGCUCCCGUUGUAACAUGAUAGAGGACUUUAUAGAAUGUUUAGGCUACUUAUAUUUCUUUUUCUCCUUUACACUUUGAACACGCAAAAAAAGAAGUUAUAAGAUCAAAAAUAGAUUUGA